AGAUGAGGCACACAGAGAUCUCUGCUGGCUUUCCCUAAGAAGACUUGGAAGGAUGCUGCCAGCAGGGCGGUGGUGUGGUAUAGAUGGAGGAGGGCUGAUGGAGGCAGAGCUUCCUGUCUGUCUCUCUACAUCUCAGUGCACUGAGAUAUAAUUGAGCGCAGUGAAAGCCGUGCAUUCAUUCAAAGACCCUGAGCAGCGCUGCUGAAGCCUGGGGGCUCAGUAGUGAUUCAGCAGCAUCUCGAAGCAGUGGAUAGGAGAAAGAGACAAUAAAGACCUAAAGAAAAGGAAGGGAGAAAAGAAGACCAGACGAGCUGAUGUUUCCUUGGCAAAACCAUGCCAAAACCGAUUUUUGAAAACUUCUCCUCGCUUUGAUAAAGAUCUGCUCAAAAUUCCUCUCAACUCCCGGAAAUUCGGAUCUCACUGGAUUGUCGCGCAUCAUCGAGCGCACCGGACCUUAAGUGGUGUGAAGGUAGUGCUUUGCGUUAUUUGAGACUUAAAGUGAUUGUGUGAGAGAGAGCUGGGAGAGGAUCAGCCGAAGUGGCCGACCAUUCAGAAGGAUGCUGGAGGGCAAUGCCUGCAGAAAGAGAGGAUGAGAUUUGUCAAAAGGCGCUGGAAUUGCUGUCCGACCUGUGCUCCAAGGGGGAGGUGCAGGAUGACAACUGCCUGGAUUUCAUUUACUACUUCAGGGACCUGGCUAGACCGCGUUACACAGACUCAGAUGUAUCUGUGAGCCUGUUGUCCUUGCUGGUGACCACCUGUGGUCUGGCUCUCUUCAGCGUCUCAGUCUUUGUGUCAUGGAAGUUGUGCUGGGUGCCACUGAGCGGCCGCUUUCUCCCAGAUGUCCUCAAGGGGGCUCACUUCCUGGGAGGAGACCAACAACCUGUCCUAACAGAGGUGGAUGGAGACGAAAGGGAGUACAGUGAAGAUGGUUGUGUGAAGGAGCCCAUUGGGCCACCCCCAUCUAUUGCUGUACCAGAGUCGGCCCUGAAGAUUAGCCACACAUCGCCUGAUAUCCCGCUGGAGGCUCAGGCCAAGUUGGAGAAAAACCAGAUCCACACUCUGGCCAGGGACAGGGUUCAAAGGCAAAUUACUGAGCCCACCUCCUCUGUACGGCACAACUCCCUUCGCCGUCAGUUGAACUUGUCGAAUCCAGACUUCAAUCCUGCUCAGUUCCAGCGUCAGGAGUCUCUGUCUGGUUUGGGCAGAAUCAAACCAGAACUCUACAAGCAGCGCUCUGUGGAUGCUGAAGACGGUCGUCACUCUGACAGCUGUGGGCGUCUGCACUUUGUCCUGAAGUUUGACUUUGACUUGGAACAACUGAUAGUGAAAAUCCACAAGGCCCAGGACCUCCCAGCCAAGGACUUUACAGGAACCUCAGAUCCAUAUGUUAAGAUUUACUUGUUGCCAGACCGCAAAAAUAAGCACCAGACAAAGGUGCACCGCAAGACACUCCACCCAGUGUUUGAUGAGGUGUUUCUCUUUCCUGUGGAGUAUGCCGAGCUGUCUAGCCGCAAACUGCAUUUUAGCAUAUAUGACUUUGACAGGUUCUCUCGCCAUGAUUUGAUUGGCCAAGUGGUGGUGGACAACUUCCUGGAUCUUGCCGACUUUCCCCGGGAGACAAAACUGUGCCGGGAUAUACAGUAUGUAACCUCGGACAAUGUGGACCUGGGAGAGCUGAUGUUCUCAUUGUGCUAUCUCCCCACGGCUGGUCGGCUCACCAUCACCAUGAUCAAAGCAAGAAAUCUCAAAGCCAUGGACAUCACUGGAGCUUCAGAUCCAUAUGUAAAAGUGUCCCUGAUGUGUGAUGGUCGGAGGUUAAAAAAAAGGAAGACAUCAACCAAACGUAACACUCUGAACCCAGUCUACAAUGAAGCCAUUGUGUUUGAUGUUCCUCCUGAGAACAUUGACCAGAUCAGCCUGCUCAUAGCUGUCAUGGACUAUGAUCGGGUCGGACAUAAUGAAGUGAUUGGGGUUUGCAAAGUGGGAAGUGAGGCAGAGACUCUUGGGCGAGACCACUGGAAUGAGAUGCUGACAUAUCCACGGAAACCAAUUGCACACUGGCAUCCUCUCAUAGAGUGGGUUGGACAGGGAGCAGUGGGGAGUGGAUCCACCAACUCCCUGAAGACACCACCAUCACCAUGACUGCUCACAACUACAAUGAAAAACACGUCUUCACUUACACAAACUCAGAGACAAAAAUACACAGUCUCAGGUGAUAUACGGCUAGUUGGUGGACAUAAAGAAAGUUCUUCUUGAAUGUUAAAACAUACAAGGUGUGACUAACCCCAGUCGUAACAUCAGCUGAAAGCCAUACACAAACUUGUAUCACUAUUGAACAAGGCUAUACGGUGAGUAAGGUAACUAACUUCCUCCCCCUCACAACCAAAAACACUUAACAUUCCAAAUGAACUAUAACAGUAUUGUAUUUGUUACUGACAGUAUUAACAUGUUGAAAACUUACAGUUUGUGGACCAAUAUCAAUCAUUUUUAGAUAAUUGAAGAUAUAACUUGUGAUCUGAGUGGUAAGCUAUGAAGUAAGAUUUAGAGAUGUCAGUUUAAGAGAGUAUUAGCUUCUCAAAAUUGUGUUUGGCUGUGAUGUAGAAUAUUCCAGCUUAACUUGCAUCAAUAAAGUGUUAAAAUAACUCUUUGGCAGCAAUAGCAGACAUGAAGUUUCAUCUCAUUAAGCGUAGUUUCAGCUCUAUUGGUGACUAUCUCACUAACACUUCCUGAAAAUAUUUAAAAUAAAAUGAUUUACUUUAAGAAUGUGUAAAUCCACUGACAGAAAUUACAUGAAGUGUACUAUUUACUGCAUGUUUAUUGUCAUAUUUUGUAAACAGGGGUGUGGUCAAAAUAAGGGAAAUGCAAUUCUGAUAGUCUAAACCUUUUCAGUGAAAGAAUAAUAAAUAAUGGCUGUUAUGAGGAGGACAACAUGAA